AUGGUCGGUAAUAACUCAGUCCACCAUCUGGGGACGAAGUUGUGGAACCACCCGUCGAAGGAGAGAGGUUACAUAUUUAACGAUCCUCAUUUCAAGUUGAAUAAAGAAUAUGAGUGGCUACGACCAUCGAAGAUAACUCAAGAACCUCAGUUGUUCGUUGGAGAAACGACUCAACACGAUGUCAUGCAAGUGCCAUCUGUAGGAUACUGCUAUUUAAUAGCGGCCAUGUCUGCUCUGGCGUUUCAUCCGGAACUUGUGAAGCAAGUGGUUCCUUCAGAUCAGAGCUUUUAUGAUAAAUACGCAGGAAUAUUUCACUUUCGGUUUUGGAGAUUCGGAAGAUGGUACGAUGUAGUAGUAGAUGACCGUCUCCCAACUCUGAAAGGGAAAUUGGCCUUGAUGAAAUCGCCAACUAAUGCUUUCUGGCCAGCUCUGUUACUAAAGGCCUACUUCAAAUUUCUGUAUGGCGCAUACCAAGAUGUAGAAGAAGGGGGGAAUUCUUUCGUAGUUAUGCAAGAUUUCACGGGUGGAAUAGUUCAGGAAAUCUCUCUAAACAAUCUUCCCGAAACAUUUGAAAAGACUUUGCUCAAGGCCAUUGCAAGAAAAUCGCUCGUAUGUUGUGGAAUAUAUGGAGAGGCUAAAUCUCAUCUAGGUCUUGUUAGUAAUCACGCAUACACAAUAACUGGUGCAAGAACCGUUAGUGUCCCUGGACGUGGAGAAGUCCUUUUGAUUCGUAUCAGAAAUCCUUGGGGCUAUUUUGAGUGGAAAGGCGCAUGGAGUGACGGAUCCCGGGAGUGGGAAUUAGUCCCUAAAGACCUCAAAGAAGAAUUAGCAGUUGUUAACCGGAAUGAGGGAGAGUUUGUGAUGGAAUUUUCAGACUUUAAGUCAAACUUCGAGCACGUUGAUAUAUGCUAUUUGAGUCCGAACGUAUAUUUAAACGCGUACGGACAGAACUCAGAAGUCGGACUUUGGCACUUGGAUAUGGUCAAGGGCAGUUGGAUAAAAGGUGUGACAGCUGGAGGAUUAGAAUCGCUGCAUGAGAAUCCCCAAAUAAGGUUUUGGCUGAACGAAGCGGACGGUGACAACGACGGUGAGUGCUCUGUGCUGAUUGCGUUGCUAAUAAAACAUCGUGCCGCAGUUCUAGGGUUUAAGGUUUACCGUAUUUCUGACUUGAACCAACCUGCUUUGGACCAUUACUUUUUAAAAAACAACCAACCAGUUGGAUACGUUUCCUUACGCCAUAGCCAUGAAGCAGUAAAUAGAUAUGAGUUGAAGCCAGGAGCGUAUUGUGUAAUUCCUUUUACAGAAGAAGGAAGAAAUGGAGAUUUCCUUUUGAGAAUUUACACUGAAAAGAAACCCCUAAUUAAGGAAUUAGAUUCUUCUAAAGUUGGGCUUUCACCGGAUGAUGUGCCAGACCGUGACGCACCAGUGUCACGAAGAACAACAGAAACUAUUAAAGAUUACAAAAUUGACCAAUCAAUUACGGACUAUUUCCUCAAGGUGUCUGGCCCUAACAAGGAAGUUGAUUGGAAAGAUUUAAAGAACGUUUUAGAUUUCGGUUUGAAGAAACCCGUUUCGCCAGCUGAGAAGAAACCUCCUGGACUGGCAAGGACAGUUAGUACCCCUGAGACAGUUGAAAGAGUGCGCCUUGCAACACUUCAGAGUCCUAGCCGCGACGGCAGAGAAGUGACAGUGAAUCCACAACGGUACCUAGAAAUGUUGGAAGAAUAUUUCUUGCCGGAACUGCGCCAUCAACGUGUCGAGAUACGUAAUGACGUAUGGUUCAAACAAGAUGUGGCAACAUUCCAUACAGCUCGCUUUAGAAUGGAAUUCCUUCGGCGAACAUUCCCUAAAAGAGUUAUCUCACGUUUUGGUGGUGUCACUUAG